AUGUCGUUGACGGCAGCAUCUCUUCCACGUGAAAUCCUCACUCUCAUUAGCCAUCACGUCACCAGCGAGGACUACUUUGCUUGUCUCUACGUCUGCCACAAUUGGUCCAUUGCCUUUACGUCGAUUCUUUAUGCGACCGUGUCAAUCACAAACAGUUGUCAAUGUUCACUCUUUUACGACACGCUACUCGAAUCAGCAAGGCGAUCUCGCAAGGGUUUGCCACAACGCACGAACCUUGGUCACUGUGUAAAGAUAUUGCGUAUCAAGGCGAGCCGACCACGAGCAGAGAUGGUGCGACGACUACCAGGGCUAUGCCCUAACCUUCAGGUGUUCGACAUCUCCAAUGAUCCUGGUUUCACAUCGAUUGAUAACGACACAUGCCCUACAGCAACAUCUUAUCGCGUAGCUGAUCUGAAACGGUUGCCAAGCAACGCUGGAUACGCCGCAUUGUCAUUGACACAGCUUUCGAUUACAUCCGAAUAUGGCAUUGUUAAUCUCGAUUGGCUCAAUGGAUUGCACACGCUCAAAAAGUUACAGCUCAAUUGGAGUAAGCAGAUAUGGACCUUUGAACGCAUGGAUGAGGUUCAUGAUUGGUGCCCUCACUUGGAACGACUUGAGCUUGUCUUGGAUCGAAGCGACUUUAAUAAGACCGACCUUGUGGGGUUACAGCUUCCUCCCGAAUCAAUGCCCGCGCCAUCCAUGCAACACAUCAGUCUCACGCUUCCCUAUCACUUUGCCGAAUACCAGGCUGCAGCAUGGUUGAUUUAUUUCGCUUCCAAAUACCCGAAUCUACGCGCUCUUUGUUUGGAUACCAAUCCUACACACCAUUACAGCAUGGCAUUUGCACUCGAAUACAUGGAUGCACCCAUUCUCAACAGCUCAGUAGAAACAGCACGUUUACGAUCCUAUCGUCUCUUUGCACAAGGAUGUCGACAACUUGAUACAGUGCAUCUCAAGGACAUUGGAUUAUACAGGCACUUUUUCCAUGCUUUGUGGGAUACAGGGCAUAUCAAAUUGCAGCAUCUGGAGAUUGACGAGACCCGCAACUUUCCUAGUGGGACCAUUGCGCAAUGUUUCGAUUGGUGGAAAGGGAGCUUACAUUCACUUGGACUUAAGGGUGCUACGUACAUGCCGAUGAACAUCAAUCUUCCAUGGUCACUACGUUUGUUAACGUAUCUCAGUCAUCUUGAAAUUGUGCGUCCUUAUGGCAAGCUUCCUAUUGGUCUGCUAUUGGAUUGUGCUUCAAGUCUCAAAUCCCUCGAACUCUACGGCACCGAGCUAUGCACCACCAUGCAACUAUAUACGAAUACGCACAGACGAUUCUACUCUUCAGACCUAUCCUCGCAUUCAUUACCACAUCAUCCUCUCCAACGUCUUGUUAUUCGUGGUCACAACAGGCUUUCCGAAAAAGUCAUCACCUACAUCGGCCGUCGUUGUCUCUCUUUGCAGCAUUUCGAGCUUGAUGAUUGCACUUUAAGCGAUAUUGAGGAAGAUAACAAGGGUGCCAUCCAGUUGCCAUAUCAAUCCUUGGAAAUCAUGUCAUUGAACAACGUUUGUUUAUUGCGUUCCUCCAAUACCUAUCGAAGAAGUGGAUCCCAAAUCGAAGUAUUUGCCGUACACACAGCAACCAAUGCGGGUCGUAUCAGUGGUACACGUUGUGAUCAUUAUCGGUGGUAUGAUAUGAAGGAACCUCGACAACAGGAACGUGUAUUGGGACGAAUGCCAUCCAAACGACGUGGAGCAGUGCUACGGUUGAAGAAUCAUUUGUUAAUCCAAUGUCAGUCAAUUGAUCGUCUUUAUGUUGGCCAGCACCGACUCUUGCUUUGA